AUGAUCAUGUCACAGAUAUCAUUUGAGGAUGUGGCUGUGGAUUUCACGUUGGAGGAGUGGCAGCUACUAAAUCCUAUCCAAAAGAACUUGUACAGAGAUGUGAUGUUGGAGAACUACAGCAAUCUAGUGUUCUUGGGUCAUGAAAUUAUCAAAUCUGAUGCAGUUUUGAAGCUGGAGCAACAAGAGCCCUGGAAAAUAAAUGAAGAAAUUCUAAAUCACAACUUCUCAGAAAAACUCUGGCUAGAUAAUAAUCUCAAAAUGUGGAACCACAAUAAUCAAGACAAGCUUAAAAAUAUGGAAAAAGGCCAUCAAUAUGUUUUGGGAAAAAUAUUUCAUUCAAGCAUUAACUUUGUUCAUUUAGGAAUGAGACUCCAUAAAUGUGGCACAAGUGAAAAAAGUUUGAAUCAGCCUUUUGAUUUUCUUAUUCAAAAAAAUAACUGUGGAAGAAAAAAACGUGAGCUUAAUAAGAAACUGUUAUUCUGUAUCAAAACUGAUAGAACCUUUGGUGGAAUAAAACGCUGUGACUGCAAUAAAUGUAGAAAGGCCUGCGACCAAGAAUCAUGGCUCAUUACAAACCAGACAACACACAGUGGAGUCUAUUUAUGCAUAGAAUGUGGUAAAGUUUAUAACAAGAAGUCACAGCUUAUUGUACAUCAGAGAACUCACACAGGAGAGAAGCCCUAUGGAUGCAGUGAAUGUGGGAAAGCCUUCUCACAAAAGUCACUGCUCACUAUUCAUCAAAGGACUCAUUCAGGAGAAAAACCAUAUGGAUGUGGUGAAUGUCGAAAAGCUUUCAGUAGGAAGUCACUGCUCAUUUUACAUCAAAGAACUCAUACAGGAGAGAAGCCAUAUAGAUGCAGUGAAUGUGGAAAGGCCUUCAGCAGGAAGUCACAGCUUAAAAGACAUCAAGUAACCCAUACAAUAGAGAAACCCUACGGCUGUAGUGACUGUGGGAAAUCUUUCUCCCAGAAAUUAAAGCUCAUUACACAUCAGAGAACACAUACGGGAGAGAAACCCUAUAAAUGUAGCGACUGUGGCAAAGCCUUCUUUUGGAAGUCACAGCUCAUUACUCAUCAAAGGACUCACACAGGGAAGAAACCUUAUGCCUGUAGUGAGUGUAAAAAAGCAUUCAGCAGGAACUCACUCCUUAUCAGGCAUCAGAGGAUUCACACAGGAGAGAAGCCCUAUGAAUGCAGUGAAUGUGGUGAAGCCUUCAUCAGAAAACCACAGCUUAUCAGACAUCAAAUAACACACACAGGAGAGAAGAACUAUCAGUGUAGCGACUGUGGAGAAGCCUUCUUUAAGAAGUCAGAGUUAAUAAGACAUCAAAAGCUUCAUUUAGGAGAGAAACCCUAUGGAUGUGUUGAAUGUGGUAAAACCUUCUUUGGGAAGUCACAACUUCUUACACAUCAGCGAACUCACACCGGAGAAAAACCUUUUGAAUGCAGUGAAUGUGGAAAAGCCUUCACCCAAAAGUCAAGCCUGAUAUCCCAUCAGAGAACUCAUACAGGUGAGAAACCCUAUGAAUGCAGUGAAUGUGGGAAAACUUUCAGUGAGAAAUCAAGUCUCAUUCAUCAUCAGAGAACCCAUACUGGGGAAAAGCCCUUUGAAUGUAGUGAAUGUAGGAAAGCCUUUGCCUGGAAGCCACAGCUUCUUCGCCAUCAAAGAAUCCACACAGGGGAGAAACCCUAUGCAUGCAAUGAAUGUGGGAAAGCCUUUGUUCAGAAAGUACAACUCAUUAAACAUCAGAGAAAUCAUACAGGAGAGAAAACUUACGUAUGCAAUGAUUGUGCAAAAGCUUUCUUUGAGAAGGCACAGCUAAUUAUACAUCAGAGAAUUCAUACAGGAGAGAGGCCCUAUAAAUGUGGUGACUGUGGAAAGUCUUUUACUAGAAAGUCACAUCUUAUGAGGCAUCAGAGAAUUCACACAGGUAAUAAAUACUAUGGCUGCAAUGAAUGUGAGAUUACCUUCAAGAGGAAGGCACAGCUCAUGAUCCAUCAGAGGAAUCAUGUAAUAUAG